AUGCGCUUGUACUGUUUAUCAAGGGCAAAACCUCAACCUGCAGAAAAUACGGUUUUUUGGGAGCAUUUGAAGAAGGCAAUGGCUUCUCUGUUCAGGGACCCAGCUAAGCUUUCAGCGUACCGGGACAGAAGAUUUAAUGGUACGCAAGAGGAUUUCGAGCAAGCACUCCUUACUUCCACAACCGUCUAUAUCGGAAACAUGUCUUUUUACACAACUGAAGAACAAGUUUACGAGCUUUUCUCACGAGCCGGUGAAAUUAAGAAAAUAAUCAUGGGCCUCGACAAGAACUCUAAAACACCUUGCGGCUUUUGCUUUGUCUUGUAUUAUUCUAGGGAAGAUACAGAGGAUGCCGUUAAAUACAUUAGUGGGACAAUUCUUGACGACCGUCCGAUUCGUGUAGAUUUUGAUUGGGGUUUUGUUGAAGGAAGGCAAUGGGGCCGUGGUCGAAGUGGUGGCCAAGUGCGAGAUGAAUAUCGAACUGAUUAUGAUCCUGGCAGAGGUGGCUACGGAAAAUUAGUUCAGAGAGAGUUGGAAGCACAAAGACAGCUUGUAGAUUAUGGUGCUGGGUCACUGGGCCCAUUCCCACCCGUUGUGCCUGCGCAUUAUGGUAGGCAUGGUGGGGGCCAUGGCCAUGGAGGUUCUCAUCGUCAUGGGAGAGAUUACCAUCGGAAGCGACAUCGAGAUGAUGACCGCUAUGCACGCGAGUCCUCAAAGAGAACUUCAGAUCAUGAACCCAGGAGAGAUUCAGACCAUGAUUCUAGACCGGAGAAGAAUCCACGUUUCCGGGAGAGUGGGUGAUUCUGGAUGAUGAGGAUGAUAGAUGA